AUGUGGGCUGUUGUGACUGUUGUAGUUGAUUUUGAACUCUCAGUCGCGACCAUCCUAGCAGCUACUCCAGGACUUGGUGCUUAUCGCUUAGCUGUUCUGUAUGGGGAGAAAACUGCAAAGGUGACAUUUCUUUGGGCUGGUGAUGAUCUUCACAAACUUGUUGCUACUAACAUUGAAAAACUUGGGCUGCUCUUAGGAGGUUUUGGGGCUGAAUUCUUCCGAAUUUCUGGAGAGAGGGAGAGAGAGAGAGAGUCAAAGAAAGCUUCUCUGCAAGGCUACAAAAGCAUUCUGAACUCGAAAAAUACGGAAGAAUCCUUGGAACCUGGCCAUGGCGAGUUCAGGUUGCGGCAUCCGUGGAAGCAGUACCUCAUGAUUGGAAGCCUAACUAGGCAACGUGCUUGCAGAAUUGAAACUAUUAAUGACUACCUCAGUUAUGAGAUCCAAGAGUCAUGCACAAAAAUUGAGCUCAGAAUCCGGAAAAGUUUUAUCGAAUUAGCAGUGGCUAUCAAAACAAUGACUGCACCAUCCUCUCACUACCUCCACAUUAUAAAAUCAAAGAAUGCCGCUAAGAAUCUCAAAUCUUUGCUCAAUACAAGCCUGUGUAAGGACAUUCAACUCCUGGAAAUAGUACCAGUAGCUACAGUGGUUUGUCUACUAAUGGAUGUGGUUUCUUGCACAGAGAAAAUUGCAGAUUCUGUUCUUGAAUUAGCCUCCCUUGCACGGUUCGAGAGCGGAGAACAUCAACUAGAACAAGAGAAGCCCAAGUCACCUAAUCAGGAAGCACCACAAGGAUGUAAUAGCAUCGGCGUAUCUCAUAAAGUUAUUACAGUUGAAUAG